GAGGGGAGAAUCCAAGAUCCUGACUGGAGGCAAAGGGCUCCAGGAACCAGGAGGCGAAGUUGGAGGUCUGAGUGUGUGUCCUGACAUCACAGGAGUGCCAGGAGUCAAGGUCAGGGGUCUCCAUUUUCUCCCUGCCACACCCCUAGUGGGCACAAGACCCCAGUCAUCAUGGUCCCAACGAAUGAGCUCUGCACUUCUGAGGAAGACCUUCAGGGCCAAAUCCAGGCCCAGGGCCCAGUGGAGGUGCAGCUCCUGGGGGUUGAGGCAGAGGAUGCCUCAACCCCUCUGGCCUCCUUCCCUCCAGUCUCAUCUUCCUCUGCAGCCGUGGUUGCGGAGAUCUUGUUCAAGCGGGCUCUGUAUGUGAUGACGACUGAAUUACUGGAGUUCCUGCUCCUGAAGUAUCGCACCAAGGAGCCAAUUUUCCAAGCUGAAAUGCUGAAUACGGUCCUCAGGGAUAACCAGGCCAACUUCCCAGUGGUCUUCCGUAAAGCCACACAGUGCCUGCAGCUGGUCUUUGGCCUGGAUGUGAAAGAGGUGGACCACAGAGAGCACAUCUAUGUCACGGUCCCCACCCUGGGCCUCACCCUCAAUGAGAUGCAGAGGGAUGGGCAGAGCAUGCCCAAGGCUGGCCUCCUACUGACGGCCCUGAGCAUGAUUGUCCUAGCAGGGGGCCGGAUCCGUGAGGAGAAGAUCUGGGGAGUACUCAGCAGGAUGGGGAUAUUUGCUGGGAUAGAGCACUGCAUCUAUGGGGAGCCCAAGGAGCUGCUGACCCAAGUGUGGGUGCAGGUGGGGUACCUGCAGUACCGUCAGGUGCCUUACAGCCACCCUGCUCGUUACGAGUUCCUGUGGGGUCCCCGGGCCUAUGCAGAGACCAGCAAGCAGCAAGUCAAGGACUAUCUGCGCAGGGUCAAUAGAAGGGGUCCCAGGUUCUUCCCACCCCAGUUUGCAGUCAUGUGAGGGAGGAGGAAGAGGGGCCCUGAGCCAGAGCAGCAGCCAGGCUCCUUUCAGGCCCACAUCCAGCAGCUUGUCCUGGGGAUAGGAAGGGAGGCUGAUCCUUCCCUCUGUGUUUGAAGAGGGAACAUUCAGCCUUCUCAGUCGUGACGGCCUGGGCCAUUUCGGGGCACUAGUGUGUAGCAUCUUUGACUUCCUGUUCUCUACAAUGUCAUGGAGACUCACUUCUGUUUCCUUUAGAAAAUUUUCAAAUGUUAUUGCUUUUAAUAGGAGGCUUAAUGAGCUUCAGUGUCUUAACUAUGUCAGUAGCGUUGAUCACAGUGUGUUUGUGCUUACCCAGUUCAAGAACAAGAGUUUUGCUGUUUUGUAAAAGUGAUUGCAAACACCUUCACUUUAUUUUGCGACCCUGAACAAGAUUACAUGAACUUGGAAUAUAACUACUUUGGAAAUAUGAUAUUACUUAGUAAGAAUUAAGAAAUAAAAUGUAUUUGAGGUGA